AUGUCAUCUGCAAUAAUUGAAUUGGGAAUGCGUUUUCAUAUUAUAGAAUCUGAUGUUCCUGACAAUGAAAAUCAGAACGACUUGGAAAACGACGAUUCCGUAAGCAUUCAAGUAGAUCUUACCAGUAAUGAAAAUCGAAAUGAAUCAAUCAAUGCGACGAUGUAUGAGAAUUCUUCAGUGCUCAAAGACUUUCGUUCGAAACGAUUUCAUGAAUUGAAAUCUCUCGCUCAUGAAAAACAAAUACAAGUCAAUCAACGGCUCGAACAAGUACUAAAAACCCGUCAUUCAUCGAAAGAGAAGUUAUCAACUGCAAUACACAUGGAUAACUUUCAUUAUCCUGAACUUUUUGUCAACUAA